AUGGGUUCCAAGGAAACAGUCACCGACAAGACAUUUCUCAACACGAGCACCCCAAAUCUCUUUUCCUUGAGAGAAAGAACCAUCAUUGGCAACAUAAAAAUUCACACAGUCACCGGCGCAACCGGCGGCCUCGGUUCCCAGCUUACAAGAGCAAUCCUCGAAUCCGGCGGCGAUGUCAUCGGCAUUGACCGCGAUGAGAUUCCACCAGCAGCUACAUGGGAACCUCUCCAGACCCUCGCCAAAUCACUCUCCCGAAACCUCACAUACCACGCCUGCGACAUCACCUCCCCGUCCCAAGCCACAGCCGUCUUCGAAACAGCCGCUGCGCAAGUCCCCUUCCCUCUGCGCGGCCUGGUCAACUGCGCUGGCGUGGGCACUGUGGGCGACUCGGUCGACUAUCCGGAGCGUGAGACCAAGUGGACGCUGGAUGUGAAUCUGGCGGGGAGCUUGUACGUGGCGCAGGCGGCGGCCAAGGUGGUGAGGAAGCAAUUUGUGGAGGGGAGGAAUGGAGGGGAGGGAGCGAGUUUUGUGUUUGUGGCGAGCAUGAGCGGGUACAUUACCAACAAAGCCACUCCCACAGCCAUCUACUCCGCCUCCAAAGCCGGCGUCCACCAACUCACCCGCUCCCUCGCUGGCGAAUGGGGCUCCUCGCCAUCAUCAAAAUCGCCCGCCAUCCGCGUCAACUCCAUCAGCCCCGGCGUCAUACACACGCCAAUGACGCGAGACGUCCUCGCCCACAAGGAGUGGACCGCGGUGUGGGAGCAGGAGGCGAUGCUCAAGAGGAUUUCUGGGCCGGAAGAGUAUCGCGGCGCCGUGGUGUUUCUGCUGGCGGAUGCGAGCUCGUAUGUUACUGGGGCGGACUUGCGGGUUGACGGAGGAUCGACGGGGUGGUGAAUAUAUAGAUAGACAAGCAGAAAGAGAUGGAAGAAUAAUAAAUAGACUUUAUGCCAUGUUUGGUUUAUCUUUGUCUUCCGAGGAACAAGCAGCGUUCCAGCCUCGGAAAUCUUCUUCAUUGCAUCCUCAUCACCAUCAACUCUCACCAGCAACUCUUGUCCCUCGUAUUACCGGCUGUCUCCUCCAAUACAACACCUUUCCGAAACUCCCCAUCAGCAACAAACUCCAGCAGCAUCACCAGUAACUUACCCGUAAAUAAACCCCCACAUACAGCGCCAAAAGCACCGCAUAUCCAAUCCUCUUGAUCAUCU